CUUCUUUUCCGCGUUUAAAAAGUCCUCUUCCUUCCUUCCUUCCUUCCCACGGCGGUGGUACCGCGGAGGAGAGCCUGAUCGCGAGAUCGGGAAGAUGGUUUUCCAUGCGGGGCGGGCGGUGGCUGUGGCGCGGCUGUCGGCGGACGCCUGCCAAUAUGUGGCCUGCAACCCCGAGCGGAUGAGCAGCGACGAGGCGCUCGAUCUCAUCUGCUGCCUCCCCCUCCGCCACCUCCGCCGCCUCUCCGUCUGCAUCUUCUCCUUCUUGUGCUUCCCCCCAUUCUUCCCCGACGACCCUCGGCCUCGCCGCCGCUUCGCCUACCGCUACACCCUCUCCUCCUCUUCUUCCUCCUCCCUGACCUCAUCUUCCGACGAAUACGAUUCGGCUGGCGGUGGCUACGAAUACCACUCCGAGUGAGGGAUUCUCUCCCUGUGUACAGUAAUUAAUCCCCUCUCGAUUUGCUAGGGGAAGGUAAAAAAGUAUUCCCAAUGGCAAGUGACCGUACCCACAGGCGUUGCAAACAUGAUUUUAUAUUUCUAAAUACCAAUAUGGAAAAAUGUCAAACUUAUUGUUGUAGGUAAUAACACAUUCAUAUGAGAAAAUUUAAAAACUUAUAUAAUUUGAAUUGUUGUAGGGAACUAGCUGUAUUGAAAAUUUAAGAU